CGCGAGUAUAUAAACCGGUUUUGUUCAGUCAACUAACCAGUCAUUUUUCGGUUGUUGAAGUCAUUCAAAAGACAACAUGAACAAACUGUUUAUUAUCGCCGCUGUUUUGGCCAUCGGGGCUGCUGCUCCUUCCAGCUACGAGAAGGAAUACAAAGCCCCCGAAAUCACCAUCACCAGCCAGUCUGAUGUCCGAAAUCUUGACGGCAGUAGCAACUGGAGCUACGCUGGAUCUGACGGCACCACUCGCGACGAGUCCCAGGUCCAGAAGAAGAUGCAAGGAGUCACCUACGACUCUUACGGCAAAGAAUCAUACGGCGAAGUACUUGGCAACACCAACAAGGGAUCAUCUUACUGGAUCUCCCCCGAAGGUCAGAAAUUCACUUUGACUUGGGCCGCAGAUGAGGCCGGAUUCCAGCCCAAGGGCGACCACUUGCCCGUCGCUCCCGUUCACGUAUACGAACUCCCCAUCGCCCCGGUCCAUGAAUACGAACUCCCCGUUGCCCCUGCUCUCCCCUACAAACGCACUGGGCUCGGCUAUUAAAUCGGAAUUAGCACGAAUAAAAAAACACGGGAAAUACUAUACAAUAUUGUUCCUAUUUCGGUUUGUAAUUUAUAUUGGUGUACCAAAUACGAAUAAAUUUACUGAAGUCCCUUUUUAA